GAAGGCCGACCGCCCUCCCCCAAGCGCAGGCGUUUGGCAAAUAUGCGGCCCGACGGUACGUCAUCUGCAACAAGAGCAAAUGGACGGUCCGACACAUCAAAUGGGCUGGUGACCAGCCCGAGGAGUAAGACGGGUAUGGCAAGCUCGUUGAAUGGGAAAGCGUCUGGACAUAUAAAUGGAAAAGCUGCUACGAACGGUUCGCUGAAAUCUCCCGUGUUGCCACCCACAUAUUUCGGCCAUGACCGAGAGGAAGUCACGAGGAUUUUGAUCCAGAGCUUAUAUGAUUUGGGAUACAACGGUGCUGCCGCUUCUCUAAGUAGGGAGAGUGGUUACGAGUUGGAAAGCCCAGCCGUGGCGGCCUUUCGUAGUGCCGUGCUUGACGGACAAUGGGCCGAGGCGGAACACAUUCUACUGGAAUCGUUCGAGUCUAAUGAAGACAACCCUGCGGAUGGACCGUCGCCGGUAUGGGGAAGGCUUGCUCUUGCCGAAAGCGCCGACAAGAAUGAGAUGUUAUUUCUCUUACGACAGCAAAAGUUUCUGGAGCUCCUCGAGGCUCGGGACCUAGGCGCUGCUCUGAUGGUCCUUCGACAGGAACUUACACCUCUGAACCAUAACAUUGCUCAACUCCAUGCUUUAUCGAGCUUAUUGAUGUGCCCACCCGAACACUUGCAAGAACAGUCUGGCUGGGAUGGGUCAAUAGGAUCAUCACGGGAAUUUCUUCUGUCAGAACUUUCCACAUUUAUAUCCCCAUCAGUAAUGAUUCCGGAUCAUCGUCUCGCCGUUCUCCUUGACCACGUGAAACAAAACCAGAUAAACCAAUGUCUAUACCACAACACUGCGUACCCUCCUUCUCUAUAUUGUGAUCAUCUUUGCGAUCGAAAUGCCUUUCCACGCCAGUCUAUUGUCCAACUUUCAAGCCAUGAGGAUGAAGUUUGGUAUGUUGAAUUUUCACAUGAUGGGACGAAACUUGCCACAGCCAGCAAAGACCGUUCUGUCUUUGUAUAUGACACAACGGACAACUUUUCGAUCAUUCAUAAAUUCGUUGAGCAUGAUGAGCCCGUCGCAUACGCUACUUGGAGUCCUGAUGAUUCGAAAUUAAUAACAUGCUCUCGAGAUAACAGAGCUAAACUGUGGGAUAUUGAGACUGGUCGUUGUUUAUUCACAACUGAACCUUUUUCAGAGCCUGUCACGGCUGCCGCAUGGGCUCCCGAUGGUGAAUCGUUUGUAACCGCAUCUCUUGAUGCGAAAGCACAGCUUUGUCAUUGGGGAUUGCGGUCUCAUCAUCAUCUCCCGUUGUAUACGUGGCCUGGCGGGUUUCGAGUUCAAGACUGUGCUAUAACGCCGGACGGAUCUCGACUGAUUGCUGCCGAUGUGACUGGAAAAUUAUAUGUGUACAACUUUGAAACACAUGCUGAAGAGUAUUGCCUACCGUUCAAGAGCAAGAUCACGUCAGUUAGCGUCAGCAAAGACUCCAAAUUCGUUCUCAUCAACAUGGCGGAAGGUCAGAUUCAACUCAUCGAUCUCGACACAACAGAAGUAGUACGUCGCUUUCGAGGACAAAAACAAGGAGAAUACGUGAUUCGCAGUUCAUUCGGCGGCGCAGCAGAGAAUUUUAUCGUUAGUGGUAGUGAAGAUUCCAAUGUCUACAUUUGGCACAAGGAGAAUGGUACCCUUGUCGAGAUGCUGGAGGGACACAAUGAGGGCUGUGUGAAUGCAGUUUCCUGGAAUCCGACUAACCCUAGCAUGUUUGCCUCUGCCGGCGACGACCAUGUUGUUCGAAUCUGGAGUCGAGAAACUCCGGGUGACUCCAAUAGCGGAAAAGGUAGAAUCACAUCAUCAAAUGGCUUCACGCAAACGAGUGCACUUCGGUCAACGACGACCCUUUUCUAGAAGCCGUUCAUUCAAGUUCAUAGACUGGACACAGCUCCAGUCCCUUACGACACUGAACGUAUAUACAUAGCCAAGCGCCAUUCGCAUUAACGAAGACUUUCAUCUAUCCGUUUUCAAGCCUAAUUUUAUAUUUGGGGGGGUGCACCGCAAUCAUAUUUUUAUGGAAACAUGGAUCAGGCUAGAGGGCGCGACCGGGCUUCUGAUUAUCGGAUUAAGCUGGAGUUUUUCUUUUCAGUCUUCUCUUUUUGUGUAUCUCGUUUUGGUUACAUUGGUCAGAACAUUUGAUAAUUUAGCUCCACAUGUGAUUAUCAGACUGCUCUUUGACACAUUAUAGUAUCAUAUA